UUCGUUAAUAAAAAAACAUUUGCUUUACUAUAUGUUAUUACAUUUGAGCUUCUCUCUUGUUACUUUUGUAAUUAUCAAAGCAUGAGCUGCAAUUAUGCUGAUAACCUGUCACCGUAUGGUAAUAAAGGUAUUUUGGGCUUACCGGAGGAAUUCGAUAGUGCAGAAUCGGUGGAGAGAAAAUGUGAAGAAUUAGUGGACUGGAUUCUGGCGGCGAGAGGGCGUGUAGUGGUGCACACAGGAGCAGGCAUAAGCACCAGUGCUGGUAUACCCGAUUUUCGUGGGCCAAAAGGAGUAUGGACCUUAGAAAAAAAAGGUGAAAAACCUAAAAUAAAUGUAUCGUUCGAAGAUGCCAUUCCUACAAAAACACAUAUGGCGUUGAAAUCAUUGUGCGAACAGGGUUUUGUGAGAUUUGUAAUUAGCCAAAAUAUCGAUGGACUGCAUUUGAAGUCGGGUUUGUCACGCCAGAACUUAGCAGAACUUCAUGGCAAUAUGUUUAUAGAACAAUGUAGCAAAUGUAGGCGGCAGUUUGUACGGUUGACUGCAACGAAAACAGUGGGCCAGAAGCCAUGCGGUGGGGUAUGUCGAUCAAGCGAAUUUGGUCAAGCCCGUUCAUGUCGUGGCGGCUUGCUUUUGGAUAAUGUUCUUGACUGGGAGGCUGAUCUGCCAGAGCGCGAUUUAGAUAUGGCUUUCAUGCAUUCCACUCUAGCCGAUGUAAAUAUAGCACUGGGCACAACUCUACAAAUCAUACCAAGUGGGAACUUGCCACUGAAAAAUAAGAAAUACGGUGGCAAAGUAAUUAUAUGCAACCUUCAACCUACUAAACAUGAUAAAAAGGCUGAUCUGAUAAUAUCUACGUAUGUGGAUGACGUUUUGGAGAAAAUCUGUAAACGUUUAGGCAUCGAAAUAUCCACUUAUAAUGCUUCAGAAGACCCCACCAAAGCACCAACUGCCGAAAACUCUGAGUGGACUAUACCGGGACAUACUGUCAAAGAGUUGGAAAAAGAAUAUAAUGCAAAAUUAAAAACUUUCAAAACGCAACAGAAGCAGAAUACUGACCCUCCCAAAUCCAUAACGAAAGUGAUGAAAAAUAAAAAGCGCAAGCACGAAAACUAAUGAUGCUCUUUGCCUAUUAUAAGAAAACCUCAAGCCGAAAUCACGCUAAACUUACAGUCCAACAUACUCAUCCAAAAUAUUGAGCGCAUUUAAUAAUAACUGCUAAAGCAUUCGAAUAUAGUGCAUAAGACAUGCAGUUAAUGUAAGCAAAAAGCAUUGUAACAUUAUUUUGUCGAAUAUUUUCCCCUGGAAUCGGUUAAGAUAUUAAAUACGCAUUUGUAGAUGUUUUAAUAUACAAUUUUUCAUUUUAA